AUGAGACGCGAUAUUACACCUCAGCACACAAAGUCAUUGAAGCGGUCAAUCAUUGUCGCGAACGAGCUUCAGCUGGAUGAAGAGACUCUGAACUCGUUGUGCAAAGCUGCAGCACAGAACCGUGCUUUUGACUUGGUUGUGAACAACUGCCAACGUUUCUGCACAGAGAUCCUUCAGCGACUCGUUAACAACGGCUAUAUUACCCGUCAACAAUUUGCAACCCUGCCGGAAAAGGAUCUACCUCAGUUGACAGGCACCACCAUACCCGAUUUUGGCCGUCGUUUCUACAUCUAUGCACCCUCUACUAUUCUCAAACUUGGUACGGACGAUGGCGAGGCAGUGAUGACCGCUCUUGCUCACAAAAUCCUUGGCAAAUUCGUGCCCAAUGUGUCCGGGCUAGUUCGCAUUGCCAAUCCACCUUAUGAGCAAGGCAUGCUCCUCGAACGUCAACCAGGUAUCCCUCUUGUCGAGCUCUGGCCAACGCUCGACCUCACAGACCAGGCUAAAGUCACGAGAAGCCUUGUUGACUUGCUUGUUCGAAUGCGAGAACCACGUGAAGAGCUGAACUAUUACGGCCGCCCGAACGGGCAACCUUAUGUUACCCCGUCUGAGUUUGGCCCACAUGAUACUCACCCUUUCUGUCAUACUUACCAAGAAUGGAAUGCAUCUCGUGCGCGUGCGCUCCACAAUUUUGCAGGGGAAAGUGGGAUAGACGAAGCUCGUAUACAAGAGCUGGACCAGGUCCAACAAGAGACAUUCGCAGGGAAGACGAGUCUUUCGGAGUUGCCCGUCCUAACGCAUGGGGACUUGUCAGACCGGAACAUCCUGAUCGACCCUUCUACACUCCAAGUAACAGGCCUCAUUGACUGGGAAUUGGCCAAUGUUGCUCCUGCCUACUUUGAGUAUGCUGUGGCACGUCUCAGCGGCGGUCAUGACCCUUCCUGGCGCAAAGUGUUACUGGAAGUGCUACGCCAGGUCUUGCGCAUUGAAUGCGAUCGCGCACUCUACGAGACGGACCCUAAAGGCGAUUUCACAGUUUCUGAGAAGGAGGACUUGUUCGCUGAUGCGAUGGCUGCGUGGAACUCUCUUGUCAAUGUUGAAAGAUCUGCUCAAGGUUAUUCGGAUGCUUGCUACUGGACUUUUCAAGAGGGAGGAUGA